CUCUUUCCUGUGGAUGAAGCACUAUAACGGGACGCAGUGCAGCAGCUCUAUUAAGCUGAAUUUCUGAAACCUUUUUAUGCGUUUUCUUCCGCUUAGAAAGGCGACACUUAGGCCAGUUCUUCUAGAUUAAUUAAGAAAAGGGUCGCGCUAAAAUAUUUUAUUUUAUAUCGCUGAGACAGCACUUUAGUCGGGUUUUUAUUCACUUCCGACAAGAAAAUAAGUAUUUUACGUCUAAAAGCCCUUAGAAGGUAAAACAUCCGCUGAUCAUUGGUAUUUUCUGGCACGCGUAAAGACGCACGGCGGAUCUCCAUGGCGCACAUCUGCAGGCAGCUGCUUGGCAUCGGCGGGAGCUGCGCCGGCUGGGUCGGGCUCAUCUUCGCCACGGCCACCAACGACUGGGUCCGGACGUGCGACUACUCGGUGGCCACCUGCCUGCGCAUGGACGAGCUGGGCUCCCGCGGCCUGUGGGCGGAGUGCACGGUGUCUCCGUCCCUUUACCACUGCUCCACGCUGGACCAGCUGUUCUCCCUGCCGGCGUACGUGCAGGUGUCCCGGGCCUUGAUGAUCGCUGCGUGUCUUCUGGGCGUCCCUGCCAUCCUGCUGGUCCUCAUGUCCAUGCCCUGCAUCCGGCUUCCCACCAGUUACCCCACCGCCGUCAAGAAGCGCAACACCCGAGUGGGCGGCGCCCUCUUCAUCAUCAUGGCGGUUCUGGGUGCGGUGGCCACCAUCUGGUUCCCCAUCGGCGCCAACACAGAGAAGCACCUGAUGUCCUUCGGCUACUCUCUGUACGCCGGCUGGGUGGGAGCCGGCCUCUGUCUGCUGGGCGGCGUCAUCAUCCUGUGGUUCCUGGUGGCCCUCAUCAGCAACCCCACCAGGGAGAACAGCUUCUUCUACUCCAGGCGGGGCGGCAGCGCCCGGGAGGUGGAGCGGCCCGCCAACCACGCCAAGAGUGAGCGUGUGUGAGCGUCUGUCCACCUGCUGGCUGAGCUUCAGUGUUUUAUUCCUCCCAUGUCUCUAAGAUAAUCCACCACUGAUUUAGCAUCUAGUAAUCUUUAAUCUGAAAUGUAUCUAA